UGACGACGACUGCGCGCGGAGGAGGGGAGGAGGUGCCGGGUAGCCGCUUCCCGCCCCCGAGCGGAGCCGGUUAGCAGGGAAGCCGGUACGGAGGGAAGCCGAGCCGGCUGGAAGGCCGCCGAGCUCCCGCUAUGGCCCGAAACACAUUGUCCUCGCGCUUCCGCCGAGUGGAUAUCGACGAAUUUGACGAGAACAAAUUUGUAGACGAGCAGGAAGAGGCGGCGGUGGCAGCGGGCGAGCCAGGCCCCGACCCCAGCGAGGUAGACGGGCUCCUGCGGCAAGGGGACAUGCUUCGGGCGUUCCAUGCAGCCUUGCGGAACUCUCCAAUCAACACCAAGAAUCAAGCUGUGAAGGAACGAGCCCAGGGUGUUGUCCUGAAAGUACUGACAAACUUUAAGAGCAGUGAAAUUGAGCAGGCUGUGCAGUCACUGGACAGAAAUGGCAUUGACUUGCUAAUGAAGUACAUUUAUAAAGGGUUUGAGAAGCCCACAGAAAAUAGCAGUGCAGUGUUACUCCAGUGGCAUGAAAAGGCCUUAGCUGUAGGAGGACUAGGCUCCAUUAUAAGAGUUCUUACAGCAAGAAAGACUGUUUAAAAAAAAAAUCAUGUUACCUUGAGAAGAAUUUUGGAUGCCCAGGCUGCUGAAGAAGGGACUGACAGUGGACCAUCUUCCUAGAACUCCCAACUAAAUACUUCAGGACACACCUGCUGGAAUGUAUUUUACUUUUGAGGUGGAGGGAGAAAUUGUCUUGUUUCCUAAAUUCUUUGCAGGAUAAGAGUAACAG